AUGCAUCCAGCAUCCUUCUAUCCUUGCUGUUUACAGACUGGGGACUGCAGGGAGGCGGAGGCAUCGCAAGCCACUGUAGGUUUUGCAUUGGAAGCAUUAAUGGAUCCUACAAAUGAAGCUGGCGGGGAACUGCACGCAGUGACUUUGACAGCUUUGGGUGGCGCUGAACUACAGACAAUGUCAGAGGCGGAGGAGGGCAGCCACAAGGUGUCUGUGGCACUGAAUUUCCUAAAUAUUUUGACUUGGCACAGGCCGGUUCGCAGCCUGGUCACGUUUCUAUGUGCCAACUGUCUCUUCUGGUUUCUUGCCCUGACCCCCUGGAGAAUGUACCACUUGAUCUCACUUAUUCUGCUUGGUGUUGUCAUGUUUCAAAUUCUCCAGCAUUUUCUACUGUCCAGAAGUAGAGGAGCACAUCUAUGGAGGAAAAUAUCUUUAAGGAAAAGCAUAUACAAAGUAUCAGAUUUCAAUGUGGUUAUUCUCCAAGACCUGUGGGAAAUAAUGACUUCUUCAGAAUGCAAGCCAAGACUUGGUCAGUGCAUUUUAGAGUCCUGGUCCAGUUACAGUGAGUUACUUCAUUUUAAACAAAGAAACCCUGGCAAGUUCUGCCUGCUGGUCUGCAGCGUAUGUUCUUUUUUCACUAUUAUGGGAAGCUACAUUCCUGAAGUUGUACUCUCCUAUUUAUUGUUACUAUUUGCAUUUCUGUGUCCAUUUUUGAAAUGCAAUGAAUUUGGGCAGAUUGUGUGCAGCAAAGUCAAGACAGUUCUGCAGAAACUAAAUUUUGGAUUUCAAGCCUAUGUGAUCCAGUGGAUAAAAGCAAGAACCAAGAAAGAAGUGGAAGAGGAUAUAAAAGGAGAUGAAAGUGAACUGGAUCUAUCGGCAUUAUGUCCUCAGAUUAAUCCUGCAACAGUAGGCAAGGAGCUGUCUGUUUCUGACACAGAGCCAUCAGAAGUGUCAUGGACAGACAAUGGAACCUUCAAUUUAUCAGAAGGGUACACUCCACAGACAGACACCUCAGAUGAUUUUGACCGUCCAAGUGACCAGGAAGAAGCCUUUUCCAGAGACCUCACAGAAUUCCUUUCUGGUUCUGGAUCUAAUGAUGAUGACUCCAUCAUAAGCCUACCUUCUAUGCCCACGAGCCAGCAUGGAAAAAGAAGCAAAUUAAAUGAUGAGAUAUAUUCAGCAGCAGCACUGUCACUUGUCCAUGACAGUGAGGAAACCUUUAACUUAAUCAGUGGCAUAGCUGGGGAAGCCAUCAUAGUUGCAGUGUCUGCGGCUAUUACCGACCAGUUACAGUCAUCUCUGCUUUCAUCACCUCCUCCAUCUGCAAGCUCUGCUGAAGAUACAGAAGAAGCUGAUGAUUUUGAACUUUUAGAUCAGUCAGAGCUGGAGGACUUAGAUGAGGGACUGGAGAAUUCCCCAAGACAGGAUCCAAAUGGAAAGAAGCCAUCUUCUGGGUUUCUAUUCAGUCUUCUGGGGGCCAUUAACACAUAAUGGUUUCCAGUCCAGAAAAAAACAAUUGAAAUUAAAAGGCAACAAAAUGAUGUAGGAGGUUCUUGGGAAGCAUUUAUAAAUUGUUGUCAUGUUAGGCCCCAGUGAACUGUUCUGGAUGCCUAGCAGUUGUCUCACUGAUUGUAUUCCCUUUGCACUUUGACAUUGUUGCAUGGAGUUGACUUACUGUUUAUGUAUUGUUACAAGGUGUGAACCUUAGAUGGUAUAUGUACAAUGUUGUAUAUGAAUUAAAGCCUAUUUGUUGGCUUACAAAUUCACAAUUCAAUCGUAAAUCUAGCUAAAACAAAGAGAUGCUCUGUAAUAGAAAUUUGCAUUGGGCUAUAUAUUGUACCUUUUGCUAAAUAACUGCCCAUGCCCUCAUAGUUCGCACUUUAAAAUUUGACUUUAAAGGAGAAGGAAAGGCUAUAAUUCAGUAAGCUUUAUCAUACAUAUAAAUACACCAGUAAACCCUCA